GAUUCCUAUAAACUACCUUUUGCUCGAUUUGAAGAGCCUCUUCAAAGAGCUGAAAAUGCCUCAUGAAGCGGAUGCAUCAUUCAAAAAACUUUCCAAAAAACAGCUUGAGCGUUUGACAAUAACAAUGAUUGAUGCAGAGAGUCAAUUCGAAGUGAUUGAGCAAAUGGGUCGUUUUAUCGAACGUCGGCUCCGGGAGCUCUCAAAAGAGGAACUCAACGAGUUCAUGGCCUACUACGAGCAAUGUGCAACGAACAAAUUAACUUUGAGAAAAGCUGUGAAAGCUCUUCUCCCACAAGCUCGAGGCAACAAUGAAGAUGCGCGGGAAGAGAUCGUCGAGAUUUCACUUAAAGAAUACAAUGAAUGGGCUACGGAAAUGGCUGGAUGUGAGAUUGUUUUUGUCAAGUCGCACUCGGAUUAUCUGAAGCUGAAGUCGGAUGGGAAAAGUUUUGUCGUACUUUUCUACUCGUUGAAGAAGAUCUGGAACCAGAAUAGUCAAGCCCUCUACACGACCAACCUAUUCAAAUAUUGGGCAUCACUCAACGACAAGGAGCAUCUCUAUAUUGCCGAACUCGAAUAUGAUCUGGGGAAUAAGUUCUACUGCGGGUGUGGUGCCUGUGAUGUCACGAGUUUCACUUUCCGUUGCUGCAAUGAUUUUCACGGAAAUGAAUUUCUUGCCUUUGAUGAGCAACGACUCAAACGCUACUUAUCCACAUUGACUCCCUAUGAGAGGAUAAACAUUCUGGUAAUCGGCAAGACUGGUGUGGGAAAGUCGACGUGGAUUAACGCGACGGCCACCUAUAUUUCUCACGAUACACUCGAGGCAGCUGCCGCCAACGAGUUCACUCAUUUGAUCCCCUUUCAGUUCACCACCACAAAUGUUACACCUGAGAAAACGGACAUCAUUAAGAUCAAGAUUGGCGAUGACCAGAACGAAGUUUACAGAGAGAAGAUGUCAUGCACUCAACAUCCCCGGGCUCAUUAUUUCAAGAACAAUGAUCAACGCCGGCUUUACUGCAUUGUCGACACACCGGGCGUCGGCGAUUGUCAGGGAAUCGAAAAGGACAAGGAGAACAUGCAAAACAUCGUGAACUUCAUGGGAAAUUUGGGCAAAAUCAACUUGAUUUGCUUCUUGUUGGACCCAAAUGAAGCACGACUCGAUCCACCUUUCGAGUUCUGCUUCAAGGAGCUGAUUAUGCAAUUCCAUCGUUCAGCCAUCCAUAACAUUGCCUUUUGUUUUACAAAAGCUAGCGGUGUGGGAUAUAAGGUAUCAGAGACAAUCGUCCCGCUACAAACACUAGUCAACGAGAUCAAAAAAAGACAAGGAAUCGAAAUUGUGCUAAACGACAAGAAUCUCUUCGUUUUUGACAACAUCGCCUAUCGAUAUUUGGCUUAUUUGCACAAAAUGGAAGAACCCGAAAAGGAUCAAACCCUUCUCGAUUUGUAUGCUCGGAGCUACAAAGUGUCGGCAAAUGAAACGAAGAAGAUGCUCGAUCAAGCCCUACAAACACCGCCACAUCGAGUCGAGGACACCCUUCAUCUCAAUUACUCGAGAAGAAUCAUCAAGAAAUUGGCACCACCACUAACAAUGAUUGGAACAAAAGUUGGUGAAACGAUUAACGAGAUCAAGGCUCAAGAAAAGAGAGCUCAAGAAAAUCGGGGAAAGGAGAGCGAAAUGUUGAAAGUGCUGAAAGUAAAGGUUCGAUUCUAUCGCUUCAAGAUGACUUACGUAGAUGAGAUGGUUUGCAAGAAUUGUACAACUUAUGUAGAGUACACUGGAGUCGAGAGGGACAAGGUGAUCGAAGCGGAUCCGAGUCUAGCCAAAAAAAACCCGGUGGUGAUGGUGCGGGGUGGGCACGCUGAAAAGGUUGACGGUAAAUGGACAUGCAAAGAAUGUGGACCGAAUUUUCCCCAAGUGAUGGUCGAUCGUUCUUUUGCCAAAGUCUACGAGGAUCGAGAAGAGAUCGAUGAAUGUGUUCAGAAGCGAUUGAAAGAAGCAAUAAAUGACCGUGAACGUUGUGAAAUUCUGAUUGAACAAAAAUCUUUGUUAAAAGAGCAGUUGGAGCAAGAGAUGCGAUCGAUUCAAAAGGCGGCCGCUCAAUUUGGUGUUUUCCUGAAAGAAAACUCGAUCACCGCCUACAAUGAUAUCACCGAACAGUAUCUGUUGAUUCUUAUGGAUCUAGAAGAGAAACAGGGGGCCCGACGAGGUGCGCGGUAUAAGAGUCUCGCCAAAAUGCUCGAGAUUCACAAAAAAGAGGUGGCCAUCCUCGAACAGCACAUGAACAACCAUUUGGGGAAUUUGAAGAAGAUCACAUCGGAUGAUGUGAUCAAAACGGCGGAAGCGUUGAAAAAAUUGAAGCACUAUGGAAAGGAUAUUCAUCAAGCGUUGGAAGGAGUGAAACAAUGGGUGGCGAAGGGUGGAGACGUCGAACCGCCAAGCGUCUACAAUCCAAGCCGUCAAAAAAAUCGUUUCCUCAACUUUCUUCCCAACUUCGUCACGAAACGUCUU